AUGUACCCGGAUAAUAGGUUAAGUGACUCGCGUAGGUUUGCCCGGUGGGCUAAGGAACAUGGCGGGGGUUUCACGCUGAAAAGAUACAACAACACCACUAUUGUCAUCAGCGACCAAAAACUGAUCAAGACCCUGUUGGACAAGAAGAGCAACCUUAAUUUACAUCGACCGGCGUCACUGGUAUCCCACUUGAUCACGCAGAGCGACCAUCUCCUGGUCAUGCAGUAUGGCGAGCGAUGGCGGAUGCUACGUAAAAAUCAUUCAUUAAUACUUCAUGGAGCCCCGCUGUGA